AUGAACAAAUUUGUUGUUGUGCUUUUGGCCGUAGCCGUAACGGCUUCGGGUGCUUUGGCUCAAGCCAAUCAAAUGCCUCAGUCGGCCACCGAUUUGGCUUUCGAUAUGUACCGAUCAUGCUUGAAGGAUUUCAGUACCAGCUGUGUCAAACCCAAAGCAAUGCAAUGGUUCAACGAGGCCAUGAAUAAAGAUGAAAUUAUGAUCACCGAUAAGUUGUCGGUUGUUCGUACUGGCAGAAUUGUUGGCAACAACCAACAACGUGCCAUGGACGCCCAAGAAAGAAUGUUCCAAGAAAUCGACAAUUUCUUGGCUACACAUUCGUUGCGCAUCAAGGCUCCCGAAUUCUUCCAAAGUGCUGAGGCUCGCUCCUAUGUUCCCGACUUUUUGAUGAACAAUGUCUUGACCAAGGGUGCUGUUGUGCCAUUGGCUGAUCGUGAUGCUGAGGGUCGUGGUAUGAUCAAGAAGGCUGUCCUCCCCUUCUUGUUGGGUCUUAAAUUGAAGACCACCGUUUUGGUGCCAAUUGCUCUUGCCCUGAUUGCCUUGAAAACCUGGAAAGCCAUGACUUUGGGUCUGUUGUCAUUGGUCUUGUCCGGUGCUUUGGUUGUUUUCAAAAUUGCCAAACCCAAGAUUGUCAACUACGAAGUUGUCCACUAUCCCCACCAUCACGAACACAUCGAACAUGUCCCCCAUCACUAUGAACAUGUUGAACACAUUGUUCCCCACCAUGUAGAACACAUUGUGCCCCACCAUUUGGACCAUCAUUUAGAUCAUCACUUGGAUCAUCAUUCCAUUGAACAUCACUUGGAAUUGCCCCAUCAUGUUGAACAUGUUGAGCAUAUCGAACAUGCUGCUCCCGCCUGGGAUCCACAUGCUUGGGCCCGUUCCUCUCAGGAAAGUCAUGGUGAUGCUCAAGAUAUGGCUUUUGCUGGACAAAAGAGACGUUAAGUU